ACCGACGACGAGUUGUACGUCACGUUACGUCACAUCUGAAUCACCCAACAACUUUGUGUUCUUCGUAAAGCCAGAGCUAUAGGAAAUGAGUGUGUUGUCGUUGUUUCCAUGUUUUUGGUGACAUUAACCAGCGCAGGAUCGGAUGGAGCGUUUUGAAUUUUAAUGGCGAAAUGACUCCGGAUGUGAGCUGGAGCGUCACAUUUAACAAACUGAAGAAGCAACAGGAGGGUUGAGCUGGAAGAAUAUGGCGAGCCGCGACAGGUCGCUAGCUGUUAAAUAACCGUCAGGACCAAACAAAAUAACACGACACUUGGUGGACUUGAACAUGUGUUAAAGUGGCACGGAUAUCCGGGACUGACCAGGACUGUAAAACCUCAGCUGAAGCCGUAUGGCGACCACCCAAGCCCGCAUAGGCCAGCAGGCCUUAGCGCUGCUGGAUGUGGCGCUGCGAGUUCCCUGUAUCUUCAUUAUCGACGCUAUGUUUAACUCUUACUACGACCCUGGAUCGGGAUGGGCAGGGGUGAUGGGAAAGGUGUUGGUCAGAGUUAUAGGUGUUCUCAUCUCCACUGUGGUGCUGCUGCUUUCCCAGAAAGCCCUGUUCAAGUUCUACACCCUCCUGUUGGCCGUGCUCCUCGGCGUGGCGGCAGCCCUCAUUAACUACCAUGCCGCCUCACACAUAGACUUCUACAGCGCGUACUACAAAGCGGCGCUGGGCUUCAGAUUGUUGCCUAGAAACGGAAUGACGUUGUGGCUUGGCAUGGCUGCGGUGCAGCUCUCCUUUGGCAUCGGCUACGUGUUCCUGCUCAACCUGCAGUCCGUGUUCGCCGCGCUGGUUGUCCUGGACAUCAUGAUCCCUCUGUGGGGGAUGAUGAUCGAGCUUCCCGCUGAUGUCCGGCAUCUGGUGGCCGUGUUCUCGGGCCUGGUGCUUGUGCUCAACACAGCCGUUUGCUUGGCCAUGAGGCUCAAAUGGUUCUACUACUCAUGUCGGUAUGUCUACCUGCUCGUGCGGCACAUGUACAGGAUCUAUGGACUCCAGCUGCUGCUAGAGGACACGUGGAAGAGAAUCCGGUUUCCGGACGUGCUGCGAGUAUUCUGGCUGACCAGGAUCACCGCUCAGGCACUCAUACUGGUCUAUGUGGUGCGGGCGGUGAGGAAGGAGAGCGGGGAUGCCACAGGAGGCGCAACAGAUGUGAGCUUUGAUGCACAGGGCUACCUGUUGAGCUGGGACGUGUUCUGGGACUUGACGAGUAACCUGAUCAUUUCCGGCUGUGAUUCCACGCUGACUGUGCUAGGCAUGAGCGCCGUCAUCUCCUCUGUGGCACACUACCUCGGCCUCAGCAUCCUGGCUUUCAUAGGUUCGACAGAGGAAGAGGAUAAGCGUUUGGGUUUUGUGGCUCCUGUUCUGUUCUUCAUUCUGGCUCUGCAGACCGGCCUCAGCAGCCUGGAUCCAGAGGAACGUUUGGUGCGGCUGAGCCGAAACAUGUGCCUUCUGCUGACGGCCAUCUUGCACUUUAUUCACGGCAUGACGGACCCCGUUCUAAUGUCCCUCAGCGCCUCCCACGUCUCCUCGUUUCGACGCCACUUCCCCGUCCUGCUGGUGUCUGUGGGGCUCUUUGUUCUCCCCGUGGUCCUCAGCUACGCCCUCUGGCAUCACUACGAACUCAACACCUGGCUCUUCGCUGUCACUGCUUUCUGCGUGGAGCUCUGCCUCAAGGUGGUGGUGUCCCUGACUGUCUACGGCCUCUUCAUGGCUGAUGGAUUCUCCAACGUCCUGUGGGAAAAACUGGACGACUAUGUCUACUACGUUCGCUCCACAGGCAACAUCAUUGAGUUCCUGUUUGGCGUCAUCAUGUUCGGCAACGGCGCCUACACGAUGAUGUUCGAGUCGGGCAGUAAGAUCCGCGCCUGCAUGAUGUGCCUGCACGCGUACUUCAACAUCUAUCUGCAGGCCAAGAACGGUUGGAAGACCUUCAUCAACCGCAGGACCGCGGUCAAGAAGAUCAACUCUUUGCCAGAGUUGCGAGGGGACCAGCUGAGGGACAUCGAGGACGUGUGCGCCAUCUGUUACCAGGAGUUCUCCACCUCAGCUCGCCUCACGCCGUGCCACCAUUACUUCCACGCCCUGUGCCUGAGGAAGUGGCUCUACAUACAGGACACAUGUCCCAUGUGCCACCAGAGAGUCUACGUUGAGGACGAGGGUCAAGACAGGGACGCCUUUUCAAACAACAACGGGGGCUACGCAGCGCCGCCAGCUGCUGCGGGCCAACCUGCGGCAGGAGAAAACCAGCACGAACAGCCUGGCGCCGAGCUCAUGGCGAAUGGGGCGGCAGCCGGGGCGCACGCUGCAGCAGAAGCAGCCGGCCUCGACGAGCUGCUGGGGGACAACGACAGCAUAGAGUAUGACGAAGACGAGUGGGGGACACAGAACGGCAACACGCCAAUAGAAGAAGACUAUAUCAAUGAUGACACAGACUCCACGGAGGACUGAUUAGAAAAUAAUACACAUAUAUGUUUAUUAUAUUUAAGUUAAAGAAAAAAAUGAAACUUUGAAACAACUCCAGCAUCUUAAUUUGUUCUUGGAAAAACAGUCAGGGAUGUCAUUCUCUCGUUUUCUUGAGUUUUACUCUAAAAGGGCUUCUGAGACGAGUAAAAGCUGCUCUCGUUCGGUGUGUGUGUGUGUGUGUGUGUGUGUGUGUGUGUGUGUGUGUGUGUGUGUGUGUGUGUGUGUGUGUGUGUGUGUGUGUGUGUGUGUGUGUGUGUGUGUGUGUGUGUGUGUGUGUGUGUGUGUGUGUGUGUGUGUGUGUGUGUGUGUGUGUGUGUGUCAUGAUUCUUUUUUAAAGUUUCAUCAUAACUAGACAAAAGUCCAGAUUAAAGUCCUCAUACAUGGCCACGGCUGUCUCCGAACAAAUGUACAUUUCCAGAUUGACUCAAACUUGAUACACAAACCAAAUGAUCCAAACUGAGUUGGAAGUUGAGGAAGUUUUCCGUUCUCCUCUCUCAGGCCCAACAUUAAAACGGUGUGUGUGCAUGAGGAUGCGUGUUUUUGUGUUUAGUGUCUUAAUCAUCGCAGUCGUGCUGGACUCAAAUUAGUUCCUAUUCAAAUGAAAGUUAUUACACUGGUUUUGAGUUCCUACUUUUAUGUUUUUAAAAGAUUAUUCGUUUAAUUAAAGAAGCCGAGGUAACAGUUAGCCAAGAAAUUAUCGGUCUUCAAGAUUUGUUCAUGAAACUGAGGUUUACAGUGACAUUUUUAGCACUAAAACCAUUUUGUGGACUCCAACCUUCACAACUGCAUCACCGAUCAGCCCUGAUUUCUGUCACUUUCCAACUUUUUGAUUGAUUAUGGCUCAGAAGUCAGUAUUUGUUCCACUACUGCGUGGGUCUGAUUGAAGAUUGACUUGCUACUGUAAUUGCAGAUGUACCUCUCACUACUGGUCUGUUAUGGGACCUCACUUAUGCUUGUGUACGUUAUUGUACAUGUAAAGGCACACUUUCUCCUUCAGAUUAGACGUGCAAUUAUAUAUUUAUAAAAGUCUCUCAUCCGUUCUCUUAAAAGAAAUGAUUUAAUUAGAUAUGAUGCUUAGAAAAAGCUGCUUUUGGAGAUGCUCCAGACGCCACAUUGGAGGAUUUAUUUCCCCUGAUGAAUAAAAUAUAAGUGAAAAUUAUUUCUCAGUGCGGUUAGUAUAAAAUGAAGUGAAAAGUGCCAGCUGAUGACAACAAAAGUAUUAUUUGAUUUACAUGUCAGGUAAUUUAAAGAGAUGAUAUUUUUGUUUGCAGAUAGUCUCUCAUGUUUUUACUUACUGUUACCAAAAAGUUUCUCAUGCACCCCAAAAAAAUAAUGAUAAAUUCUGGCCUCAAAGAAACUUUUCUAAUGCAAACACAUUUCUAUGAUGUGACGUGUUGAAAUUUUGAGCUACAUGGAGGAUUUUGCACACUUUCCCAGAAUUACCUGUCCUACUGAUCUAAAGUUUCGAGCUGCUGGUACAAUAAUUUUUUUCUCGGUUUUGACGGAAGAGUGCAGCCCGUCGUUAGCAUCUAGAAUAUCUCAUUUUGAAUUUCUAGAUUUUUAUUUGAAUGUUUGCUGGCUCCACUCUGAAUGUUGUUAAACUAACACAGUGGUAACGUUUUCAGGGUUUGACUACCUGCAUAUUCUCGUUGCUGUUAUGAUUACUGGUUGUUGGUGAUUCGGAGAAAGCAUUGGGGGAAAAGCUGUGCUUUUUUUUUAAAUGGCUCAGAGCUAUGAAGGAUUUUGACUUUUUGUUUCUCAGAAAGUUGUUUGUUUUAGGGAAAAGCUGUUCCUUUUGCCUUUUUUGUUUGUUUAAAAGAGAUUUAUGUAAAUAAAAGCAUAUUUGAUAUUG